AUCGUACAUUUCCAAAACUAUCGUACCUUAUAAUACCUUUUUUUUCUUUUCUUUCUCUCAUUCCCAGUAUUUCUCUUAUUAUCUGACCCGGCCUGGCUCUCCAUCGCUAAGGGGAAAAAUGAAAUGACGGAGUGCACGCGGGUAAAUAGUGUGUGAGGCUUGAGAGGAGGCGGGUAUGCGUAAUAAUACCUGCGCCCUGACAUUGCUGGGAAUUUUAUCACCAGCCAGCCAACCUUCCCUGCCUCACUCAGUCUCCAUUCAGCCUCCAUCGGGUAGUAUACGUCCGCCGCUCCGCUCCGUACCUUGGCAUUGUGUGUGUGGAUGUGAGGUCAUUUUCGUGGCCUCGGUGACCUGUGUGACCUAUGUGCGUGUGUGUGCGGCAGGGUCACUAGCACGGACAAGGACACGCACUUGGAAAUAGAGAUAGAGAAAUUAAAGAGAGAGAGAGAGAGAGAGAGAAAUUGAAAAAUAAAAAAAAAACGAAUAUUUUUUUUUUAAUUAUAAUUCAAGAGGGAAGAGGAGGAAAGAUAAUGGAGAAUUAAGCCCCCCUUCCUGCCCCCUCCCCCUCCCCUCCCCCUCACCGGCCCCCCCCCAUAACCCCCCCAAAGAAGAUUCCCCCCCACGUGCCAAGAUAAACAAACAAACAAGCAAACAAACAAAACAAAAAUGAAUAACAACAACAACAACAACAGCAGCAGCAGCAGCAGCAGCAGCAGCAGCAGCAGCAGCAUUAGGAAGGCUUUCAAUUUUGGGACUGCAAGAUGGGCGUGGCGUUGUCUCCUCGUCGUCCUGGCCGCCCACCACGCCCGCGCCUCCACCACAAACUGCUCGCUUCCUCUCAGCUGGCAGGGAAGAUGGUUUCAUUCGGGUGUCACGGCCCCUGUGGUCAUUGGGCCUAAGCAAAUUGACUUCAAGGGCACGUGUACGGAACAGGAUCGAGACAGGUUUCUACUUAAGGACCCGGUCCACAACUGCUACCGUUGUCUUGUCGUUCACCAGAGGCACUACAAUGUUCUGCAAUACAAGGAGACAUUCUGUGACGCAGCUGGAGGACUCGCCAACGUGUGUGACAUGCUGACGGGGGAUUCUCUACUGAACUCUCUAUUCAGACUUGAUGCCGAGCCUAUUCCCUGUCCAUUCCCGGAUUCCUAUACCUUCACCUACGCUCGCGGCCAUUCUGAGUGCGCCUACCCACUCAGCACAGUCGAUUCUUGCACGGUGGAGCAUAAAAUGUUGUUCAGAUAUCAAGCUUGCCCUGAUGUCCAAGGCACGGAGAGCACACAGGAGGAGCUGGUGUGUCUGGGCAAGUGGCGGGAAGGAAGCAAUAAUUAUCUCGUGGGGAAGUCAGACAACCCGAGGGCCACAUCCGACGAGGACAGGUACCAGUGCUUUGUGUUUAAGGAGUGGUCAAGAGGUAACACCAAAGGGUACCAUGUUGCUCAGAGUGGUGACGCUACCUGCAAUGGCCUCUACUCCAUCUACGGGGGCUCCAUGCGGCUCGUCAUGCAGAGAGUGGACUCCAGCGGUUCAAGAUGCAACUUUCCAAUCUGGGUUGAAGGUGGACACAUAUGGCAUUCAUUGGACAGCACCACCACUCUUCAUGUGUCCAGGAAGAACCACACGCUUAGACUGAAGACUCCUGAGAGAAUAGUGACGCACUCUUGUCUGAUGCCCUUCGCCCACACCAGGAUGUCCGCCACUUACGUAACCAAAGUUGUGCAUGGCUGCACAAGCGGUUAUCAGUGUGUGCAUAUCAUAGCAAGAGAGGAAUCGGUGUUGGAAAUCAUAAUGGGUAAGGUAACUCCCGUAUCCACCGCGGCGUGUAACAGAAACCAUUUCAACGCCUCCUCCACAGACUUCACUACUUUUGUCAGCAGCAAGGCGGAAAGCCGGCAGUGUCCGGGCGUGGGUCGCUACGAGGUAGUGGGCGGCGUGUCCGAGUCUUCAGUGUCUGGCGAGGAGAUGGGCGUGGCGGCGGUGGGCGUGGGCGGGGUCGGAUCUAACAAUGGGUUCCCUCUUUACGCCCACGAUGACGAGGUGCCGCUGAGAGAGCAGUGCGUGGGCGGCCCCUUCACUCACCUGGCCGUGGGAUGCACCGGAAGUGACACCUUGAUUUUAAGUAACCAGUGCUCCUCGGCAGAGUACUCCUGCCACGGGUCAUGGGUGGACGGAGGGAGGCAGUACCUUGUCGUCACGCCCACGUCCCGGAGCAGCAAGGGCGUGAGGCGGCUGUGUUUGGUGCUGGAGCGUGGCGCGGGCGUGAUGUCCCUCGCCUCCUCCACACGCUCCUGCGGGAGGGAUCUCUUGCCGGGUCUUCACGGGCACAUGGCUCUCAACACCACGAGUACUGGUGGGUGUCACUCCACUCCGCCGUUGAAUGGGUCAGGCAGCUCCUCCACUCACUCCUCCGUCACCCUGCGGCUGCUGCUCCUCCUGCCACGCCUCCUGCAGCGCCUCCUCGUCCCUGCGUCCUCAUUUUGACGUGUGGGGGGGUGAGGGAACAGGGCCGGAGCGGGAAGCCAGCUGGAAUCACACCACGCCCCUGGAAUGCCCCUUAAACACACGCCCCUGGAACGAGUCUGGAGAUAGGAGGGGUGGGUGUGUCCGGGACUGGGUGAAGGUGUGGGUGGGUGAGUGUGGAGGCGCCAGUGUCCCUGUGCCAAUGGUAUGAACCAGUGCCCCCCGCGGGAGUGUGUGCGUGUGUGUGUGUGUUAGCGGGACCCGUGGACCAAGAGUAGGGGGAUGUGAAUAUUGCCCCCUAGUCAAGAGAACUUCGUGAAAUUACAGUGUGUUUCAAAAGGCCUGUGUGAUUCUUCAUGUGCCCGCUGUAGUGGUGUAGACUAUAGAGCGUUGGCGUUUGUAGCUGGUGUAGAAUAUGUAGAACUGUGCCAGGCUGCCGUGUGUGGGUGUGCGCCCGUGCCAGCCCUGUCCCUUCCCGCCCAGGUCCCUUGCAACCCCGAGGACACCCUAUCCUUCCCGAAAAGCGCCCGUACAUCACCCUUACGUGCCCCUGAUGCAGUGUGAGUGUUAGCAGGAACCCUACAGAACGCAUUGUGCCCUAGGGUGCGUCAGGGGGUACCAGUCACUCCCAAGGGUAUCGCGGACCAGCCACCGUGUGUUUAGUGAGAGAGAAGUGUGGUGGCUAGGUCUACAAGGGGGUGGAAGGGCAGGGCGAGGCGAGGCGUCACUCCCAUGCUCGUGUAGGUGUUUGUCGUGUUACUAAGCUUCAGUAACCUGGUCCGGCUGACGUCGCUGCUUGGGGCGUGAGAACAAUUUGGCGGCGCUGUGUGGUGAAGUGUUGAAAUAUCGUGUUUUUUUUCCUUUCAUAUGUGGUUUUCAUGUUUUUUGUAUCCCAUAGCACAAUUUAGGGCGUUACGCUGUGCCAACUGAUUAUUUUAGCCCCCAGUCAGCCCCAUACACCUCCAAUUAGCCCCAGGUAUCUUCAGACACCCUCACUCGCUCCGGUUGUUCCCCAGUCACCCUCCUCCAGUCCACAGUUAGUCCAGUCAGCCCCAGGUCUAACCAAUCCCAACAGCCCCCAAACAAGUCCCACUCAGCACCAAGUCAGUCCCAAACAACUCGGCCUCUAAAACACCCCCCGUAGCCAGUCUCCAGUCAGCCCCAUGUAGCCAGCAGUCAUCCCUCACUCACUCCUCACUCAGCCAUCGGUCAGUCCCCAGCCAGUCCCCAAUCAGUCCCUAAUCACCCUUCACUCAGCCCCAGUCAGUCCCAUCCAGCCCUCAAACAUUCCUGACUCAGCCUCCAGUCAGCCCUCAUUCAAUGCCCAAUCAGCCCCACCCAGCCCCAAUUACCCGUCAUUUAGCCCCAUUAAGCCCCAACCCACCCCUGACUCAGCCCCUAGGUACUCCCAAUCAGCUCUCACUCAGCCCUCACUCGGCUUCACUUAGCCCCAGUCAGCCCCAAGCGCAAGGUGGCCACGACUGUAGCACUGACGAUGUUUUGGACCAGUAGAUAGACAGAACUCGGUAGAUGAGGUAUACUUCAGGCCCGCCCAGCCCCACGACGGCCACGCCCACCACACCACACCGAGUCAGUCAGUCAGUGAAGGGCGUGGGCGGGGCGGGUUGAAGUUUUUUGAUAUCAUGCUAAAUAUCUUUGUGCUGAGAUACAAGGUCUUAUGUGUUGCUGUUAGUGUGUGUGUGUGUGUGUGUGUGUGUGUGUGUGUGUGUGUGUGUGUGUGUGUGUGUGUGUGUGUGUGUGUGUGUGUGUGUGUGCGGUGGCUGUGGUGGUGGUGGUGGUGAUGGGUCAUUGUGGUGUUCAGACAUUCAGAUAUACUUCAUACAUACUUGCGUGCAUGUACACACACACACACACACACACACACACACACACACACACACACACACACACACACACACACACACACACACACACACACACACACACACACACACACACACACACACACACACACACACACACAGAGGUAAAUAUCAUCUAGGUAUCUUAUCACAUAUCUAUCCAUCUAUCUAUCUGUCUGUCUGUCUGUCUGUCUGUCUGUCUGUCCGGCUGUUUAUCUGUCUACUUAACAAACUAAAUACAUUGAUAGCUAGAGCGAUAGAUAGAUAGAUAGAUAGUACAUACCUCUUUCCAUUCACACACACACACACACACACACACACACACACACACACACACACACACACACACACACACACACACACACACACACACACACACACACACACACACACACACACACACACACACCAUCAUCGCAGCCUGCCAAACUGAUUCUCAUUAAUUUAGACCCCUGUUGCUGAGCCAGUACUGUAUCUAGAAGCCGUCCGUAGGGUCAUCCUGUGCUGAGCGCCGCCCCCCGCCGCCCCCCUGGCACACCCCUCACGCCCCCCGCCCUUGCUCCGCGCCCCCCCACCACCCCCGCAGCACCAGCAACACCAAAUUUACCCCCAGGAUCUUCCCAGCCAAUCAGGAAGGUCCAUUGAACAUUCAGCCAAUUGGAAUACACGUCUUAUUCAUCAGUGCCCAGUGAAAUGACUCCUACAAAAUUCGUCAGCCAAUCACAAAAGGCCAUAGAACAUUCAGCCAAUAGGAAUGGAUCUCAUUAUUAUCAGUGACCAAUGAAAGGACUCCUUCAGAAACUAUAUGCCAAUGAAAUGGACUUAAAUCUACCCCAUGAUCUUCCCAGCCAAUCAGAAGGGCCCGGUGGACAUUUAGCCAAUAGAAAUGCAUGUUUCAUUUAUCUGUGGCUAUUGAAAUAACUGUAGAAUUCGCCAGCCAAUCAGAGCUUCAGAAAUCUUCCAGGCUGUUGUAGAAGGUUCCUAGUUUAUCAGCAGCCAAUAGAAAGUCCUAAACAUUACCAGCCAAUCACAGGACCCCUAGAAAGCUCCCAGCCAAUCACAGGAUCCCUAGAAUCUCCCAGCCAAUUACAGGACCGCUAGAAAACUCCUUGCCAAUCACAGGAUCACUAGAAAACUCCCUGCCAAUCACAGGAUCACUAGAAAACUCCCUGCCAAUCACAGGACCGCUAGAAAACUCCCAGCCAAUCACAGGACCAGUAGAAAACUCCCAGCCAAUCACAGGAUCGCUAGAAAACUCCCGGCCAAUCAUAGGACCGCUAGAAAACUCCCAGCCAAUCACAGGGUCCCUAGAGUAUGAACAACCAGUUAGACACCUGCUAGAAUGUAACCAACCAAUGAGGGACGCAGAAGACAGCCCUCCAAUGGAAAGCUACCCAGGGACCUCCGUAGCCAAUCAGAAAAGGCCUGUACAACAUCGAGCCAAUAGGGGUGCAUCUCAAUCAUCAGCGACCAAUGAGAUGACCCCCUGCAGAAUCAGUCGUGCUUCCGUCACCAGUCUGUUUUGGUGGUGGGCGAGGAGGAGGGUCACCAGUACCAGCAAACAACACGGGCGUCAACGCUUCACAAAGACAAGUUGAGGUCAAUGGGAAGGCGAGUCAAAAGCUUUCCACUCGACCGCAUUCAGAAACACUGCCACACUGCACCUCCACUACAUCCCAAAGGCUCUAGUUGAAGUGACACGGGUUCUCGGGGUGUUUAUGUGGUUCGAGUGACACCUAUGAACCGGAAUUAGUACAUGGGGAAGGCAGGAAGGCACCCACGUCGUUCAUGGCUGCCACACUGCACCUCCACUACAUCCCAAAGGCUCUAGUUGAAGUGACACGGGUUCUCGGGGUGUUUAUGUGGUUCGAGUGACACCUAUGAACCGGAAUUAGUACAUGGGGAAGGCAGGAAGGCACCCACGUCGUUCAUGGCUGCCACACUGCACCUCCACUACAUCCCAAAGGCCCUAGUUGUAGUGACACGGGUUCUCGGGGUGUUUAUGUGGUUCGAGUGACACCUAUGAACCGGAAUUAGUACAUGGGAAGGCAGGAAGGCACCCACGUCGUUCAUGGCUUCAGAACACUUACGAUAUCCAGAUGCUGCAAAACACUAGGGUUCGAGGGCAGGAGACACCCGCAAACUCAUGACGUCUUGACAUUCGCAACAGUCAGUGCAUAGUGGACCGGAUGCAGUCAGUACGGAAAACAGAACCUGCUUAGAAACAUAGGGAUUUGAAUAAGUUGUCUCCGAGGUUAGAAGUUAAGGAGUUAGUUGAGAAAGGCCCCGUGUGAAGCGUCCGACCAAUUAUACAGAAAACCAAAACGAAAGCUGAAAAGGAAAGAAAAAUAAUGAAUAACAAACCUAAUUCUUGUUCCAAACUUUCAAAAAUUCAGGAGUUAGUUGAGAAGGACCUUGUGUGAAGUGUUAAGGAGUUAGUUGAGAAAGGCCCGUGUGAAGCGUCCGACCAAUUAUACAGAAAACCAAAACAAAAGCAGAAAAGAAAAAAAAAAAAAUGAAUAACAGACCUAAUUCUUCUUCCAAACUUUCAAAAUUAAGGAGUUUGAUCCAGAAGGGCCCCGUGUGAAGCGUGACGCGUGGCUGGGUGCCCUGGAGUAAGCAUGGCGUUGAGGGGGCGGGGUAAUAGCGGGGCUACCAUGUGUGUAUCAUAUGAACACGGGUCUAAGGGGGGGAAAGGGUGCUACGAACAUACACACACGCACAGGAAACGCACACACACACACACACACACACAUACACACCCUUUCCUCCCCAUAACCCUUGAAAAGAUUGGAAAGACUUACAAAAAAAAGCGAGACAAGUUUCCCUUAAUGACGUCAGCCUGUGUGUGUGUGUGUGUGUGUGUGUGUGUGUGUGUGUGUGUGUGUGUGUGUGUGUGUGUGUGUGUGUGUGUGUGUGUGUACUGUCAAAAAAAUAUACAUAACAUUUUGUAUAUAGUGUUCAAUUUUUUCAUUUUAUUUAUUUAUUUAUUCUUUUUUAUGAUUUUUUUUGGAGGGUUUGUUUAUCUUGUGACACGUGGUCGGCGGUCACGUGAUGUAAACAAAGGCUGACGUCACGGAGGUAAAUAAAACCCUCGUGUGUGAUUGGUCCUUGGAGUGUGACCAUGCAGGGACCAGCCAAUAGGAGCACGUCUUUGUAGUAACUGAAUAUUUUUUUUAUAUUUUAUUUAUUUUUUUCUUUCUUUUUCUCUUUUUUUUUUUUUUCUUUUUUUCUUUCUUUCUUUCUUUCUUUCUUUCUUCACAGCAAUCCCUCUUGGACCAAUGGACACACACACACACACACACACACACACACACACACACACACACACACACACACACACACACACACACACACACACACACACACACACACACGCGAAACCCGAAUUCUGAUGUAGGUUUAAAACACACACACACACACACACACACACACACACACACACACACACACACACACACACACACACACACACACACACACACACACACACACACACACACACACACACCUUUGGCCCUUGAGAGAUGAUGAAAACAAACAAAAAACAAACGAGUCAGCAGAAGGUCUGUGAUCUGUGUGAAUGUCUGUCUGUCUGUCUGUCUGUCUGUCUGUCUGUCUGUCUGUCUAUCUGUUUGUCACGAUGGAAAUACUCGACAAACAUCAUUGAUUAUUAUUAUUAUUAUUAUUAUUAUUAUUAUUAUUAUUAUUAUUAUUAUUAUUAUUAUUAUUAUUAUUAUUAUUGUUGUUGUUGUUGUUGUUGUUGUUGUGUAGGAUUUUUGAGUGAAUGUAUUUUGUCUCUCUUCUUUCUUUCUUUUCUUUUUUUUUCUCUAUCCCUUUUUUCAUUCCUUUAUCAAACUGUCAAGGUGAGGAAAGUUCUCUCUCUCUCUCUCUCUCUCUCUCUCUCUCUCUCUCUCUCUCUCUCUCUCUCUCUCUCUCUCUCUCUCUCUCUCUCUCUCUCUCUCUCUCUCUCUCUCUCUCUCUCUCUCUCUCUCUCAAUAUAGUGAUGGGUACUGUGUCUAGCAGAGAGAGAGAGAGAGAGAGAGAGAGAGAGAGAGAGAGAGAGAGAGAGCCUUGACAUCAGAAAUUGAAGUUAAAGAAGAGGCGGAAACACAUAAAAAUAAACACACACACACACACACACACACACACACACACACACACACACACACACACACACACACACACACACACACACACACACACACACACACACACACACACGAGAAGAUGUAUUAAUUGAAAAGGACAGUUAAUUAAAAAGGGAAGAUAUAACUUUAUAAAUACAAGAAUAAUUAUUUUUACGCGCAGGGGGAAAGAAAACGGAAUUUUUAGCUCAGUCUCCCAUCCCCCCUUACGAAAAUCAGGAAAUGACCGCUGUAUUUUAACGUUUUCAGUCCAGUUUUCUUAUAACACCGUGAUAUUUGCUCAUGCAUGGUUGAUAUAGCUGGGAUGCAAUUAUAUAUAUUAGGAUUUAAUUAAAAACAAGGUGAAUAUUACGUGUAAAGGUGAUACGUGAUAUAAAAAUAUGAGAAAAUACAAAAAAAUAGGUAGGUAGGCACUACGUACUCAACUCAAAAUAGGGACGGAACCUGAAUAUUGUAAAUUUUUUUUUUUUACGUAAUUUAAACCAUCUACCACAUUAAGGCAAAAAAAAAAAAGACUAAAUGAUACAAACUUCCUAACUGAAACAUGCGAGGAAUGUAUUUAAAAGUAUUUAGGAACGGGAAUAGUUCAAGUUGUCGUACGUUGCAGGAGAUAAAUGAACUUAAAUAUUGUACCAUUUUCAUACUGAUGUAGGCUUCCAUUCACCACAACGGGAAGGAAAAAAAAAAAAAUAACGAAUUCACGCAAGAAAUUUAUUUGUAUAUACUUAGAAGAGAGAUCAAGUCGACGAUACUUGAUAAUAUUUUCAUACAAAUUCACGCUUCUAUUCACCAUAGCGGGAAGAGAAAACAAGAACAAAAAAUACAAACCAACCAAACUACACGAGGAAAUGAUUAGAGGGUACUUAAACGAAGAAAAAGUUAAAAUUGACUUGGUACCGUCCUUGGCUUGAGAUGGGCCGUAGUGUUUGUUUUGAUGGUGCACGUGGCGGAGGGAGUUGCUGGCGUCCCCGAGGGUAUAUUGGUCACCUCGUCGUGGCAGAAGGAAGGGUAAGAGUGAGGUGCGUGUCUAUUGGGUUGUUAUUGUUGACUGUUUUUAUUAUUAUCAUUAUUAUUGUGGUUUUAUCAAGGUUUUGGUGAAGAAAGUAACAUUUUUUUUUCUUCAUUACUGUUCUUUCUACAAUAUUUUUUGCUCCCUAUCUUUUUCAUGUUUAUUUUUCUCCAUUAUCCGAUCUUUCUCUAUUCCCUUACCAUUGUUCGGCUUUUGUUUAUCACCAUCUCUCCUUCUUUCUCUUUCCUCUCUCGUGACUUUUGCUCAAUACUCAGUGAAGGAAGAUUUGUUUAUGAAAGAAAGGAGGAAGAGGAGGAGGAGGUGGAGAGAAAUAUAUUGAUCUAUUUUAUUUAUUUUUUGAGUCGGACUUCUUAAUUAAACAAAAAAAGCGAAGAAAUGUGCAAUGAAAGAAAAAUAUAAUGUCAUUUUGUCUUUUUUUUUUUUUUUUUUUUUUUUUUUUUGAUGUGUUUUUGAGUGCGUUGUAAAAAGACAAUUAUCUGUUAUUAUUAUUAUCAGUGUUGUUUAUGUGUUGGUGGCGAGAAGCUGUGAGGAGUUUGUUUGUUUGUUUGUUUACUUGUUUGUUAUUAGUCUCACCGUAAACACAAGAUGGCGGAAGAAGGAGGAGGAGAAGCAGGAGGUGAUGGUGGUGGUCAUCUUCACGUACUAGUAGGUACACACAAGGUAGCGUAUACAUGUACACACAAAGUAUUUAUAUAUAUAUAUAUAUAAUCUUAUGUACGUUUGUGUACGUAUUAAUCGUGACGUGUGGCGGCGAAACGUACACAUGCCAACACUUGCAAUAACUGAAGCUGUGUGCGUGCUUGGUGACGUACACACGCACACACGCACAUGCACACACGCACACAAGAUCUGUAAAUAUGUAUGUAAGCGACUACACACGGAAAUCCAUGACUGUUUUUUUUUUUUAACGUACAUAGAAUCAUCGAACUGUGUGUGCGUGUGUGCGUGUGUGCGUGUGUGCGUGUGUGUGUGUGUGUGUACGUCAGUGUUCCAUACAGUUACUAUGCAUCGUGAGGGAGGAGUGGGGGGGUGUACAGAAUGGGGGGGGAAGGAGGGAGCGACCGUGUGUGUGUGUGUGUGUGUGUGUGUGUGUGUGUGUGUGUGUGUGUGUGUGUGUGUGUGUGUGUGUGUGCGCGCGUAGGGGUAGCGUUAGAAGGGUGGGGGGGUUCGUGUGGGGGGAGGGAGGGGGUAGGGGGGCUGUGUACGUAUGUAUGUGCGUGGGGUAGUGUGUACGUGUUUAGAUGGCAGUGGUUUUAUGUGCGUGUGCCAGCAAUGUUGUGGGCGUGGGCGUGGUGCACACACAAACACACACACACACACAGACACACGCAAACAAACAAACAAACAAACAAACAAACAAACAGACAAACAGAAGAGAGAAAAAAUGAAAAAAACGCUUAUGUUUAAACUAUGCAUUUUACACACACACACACACACACACACACACACACACACACACACACACACGCGCAAGCCACGCCCAGUCCCCACUUAAACAGAAUCAAACAAAACAAUAGUAAUGCGUGUAGAUUGUAGCCCCCAAUAGCUUAACAAAAAAUAAUAAUAAUAAUAAUAAUAAUAAUAAUAAUAAUAAUAAUAAUAAUAAUUAAAAAAACACCAAAAAAACAUUAAGAUACAAAAACAUGUAAAAAAAUAAUAAAUACAAAAAAAUAAAGUUGUACCCCCUUAAAAAAAUGAAUAGAAAAUGAAAGUUUCCCCAUAAUAAAAAAAAAUUAUUAUAAAAAUGAUAAAAAAAAAAAAUGAACCAGGAUAAUACCAGUGUUUGUAUACAGUUCCCGUUUUCUGUUGGCCGUUUUCUUUGCGUGUCGCGCCAGUUUGAUAGAAUUUUACAUUUUUCUUUUGAAUUGAAUACUUUUCCUCUCUUUUUUAAUAAUUUCUUUCAUUUUUUCCAUUCUUUCUGUACAAGGAAGGAAUCUUUUUAGUAUAUUUGUAUAAAGAAAUAAAAACAAAUUAAUUAAUGGCAAGUGAAGAAAUGGUGAUAAAGAGAGAAAAUGAAUUAUUAUUAUAAUGAUGAGAAACAAUGAAAUGAUGAUGAUGAUGAUGAUGAUGAUGAUGAUGGUGACAAACUGAUGAAUAAAUAAUAAAAGUGAGUGGUGGAGUGUU